AUGAAUAUAAAAAAAAUAAAUACAAGUGAUGAUACAUUAUGUGCAAGAUCAAGUUGUCAUACAAAUGGGUCUAUAAAUGGUUUUCAAUCAUAUGUAGAUUUAACAGAUGCAAUUAUUAAAGUUGAUGUGUUACCUACUGAUGUUAGUUGCUUCCCAUUUAUGACUACUCUCUCCAUUAAUAUUUUAAAACCAUCCAACGAAUUUUUUUAUUAUGAAUUCUCGGCAGUUACUACAGUAACAUUGAAUUGCCCAGAAAUACAAGAUUUAACUCAAAAAUUACCACCUUAUGAAUAUUUGUAA